AUUACAGCUCAUAACCCGGAGCUGUCCGUGGACCAGCCGACAGGUGCAGUUACUCCCUGAGCUCCAGAGCCUCGCCUUCAGUCACACAGAUUGUGCAGUAUGAGAGGACGGUACAAAAGAAAGAACUCGAGAGGAAGAAGCGAUGAAACAGCGGACAGAGCUGGGCUCUCUGCUCUUCCCGGGGAAACGGCAGCGGACUCUGCCGAGUCAGACACACCUGUUCCAGGUGUAGGUGGCAGGAAAAGAGGUGCAAGAUGUUCCAUGUAUGGUGAUGACAAGGUCUACCUUGGAGUCCGUGUCAAAAUGCCAGUGAAGGACCUUCUGAGAAACAUUCGUGUAGCACAAGGCUGGGAGCCUCAAGAUCUGAAGCAGAGAUGCGGGAAAACAGCCAAAGGGGACAUGAAACGAGUCAAAACUCGCUCAAGACGCCAAACUGUGAAGGGACAACACCCCACAAAGAGCCUGGAGGAACUAGCGAUCAUCGUUGAAGUGCUGGAGGAGGAUCUCAGGACUGGGAACACCUACACCUCAUCUCCCAGAAAUCUGUUCCCUUUUGAAUCUCCAGUGUCUCCUGAGCUGUCUCCAACUGGCGCAGGAUACAGCAGCGAUGAGUACAGUGAAAUGAUCCCCAGCCCCGAGUCCUACACCACCUACUCACCAGGCACAGCAGACUACUACCAAGCCCAGUCCCCUCCUGACUUCUACAACAGCCUACAGCCCCCCAGCACUGAAAACAUCACAGAGCACGGUGAAAGAGGGGAGGAGUGGUCCGAGCCUCAGAAUCACAACUGGGAAGAGAAUGGCUCUGCUUUCUUCUGGACACAGCUGCAGAGAGAGGAGAGCCAGCUAGGAGACGUCUCUGAUGCGGUGCUGCUGGCCACUGAUGAACACGGCAGGACAGCUCUCCAUAAUGUGAUGUGUGUCGGAAAGAGAGCGCUGGGCUACGCUAUCGCUAAAAGGAUGGCCACACUAAACAGCCUGGACCUCAAAGACUCUGAUGGAAUGACUGCCCUCCUCUACGCGGCAAAGUACAACCACCACCUGAUGGUAGCUGAUCUGAUCUAUUUGGGAGCCAACAUCAAUGAGACGAACAACUCAGGAAAGUCCUGCCUCCAUCUCAGUGCAGAGAAUGGCUACAUAAGAGUUCUAGAGGUUCUAAAAGAGGCGAUGAUGAAUGGUGUGUAUGUCGAUGUCGAAGCCACCGAUAAGUCUGGCCUGAGUGUCCUCCAGUGUGUUGCUGUGGCUCUGAAGACCUCCGUAUCUGAACUGGAGAACAGCCAAUCCCACAGUCAAACCAGACUCCACAUGCUUCGCCAAGAACAGAUGAUGGAGACUCUGGAGUUUCUGCUGCAGAUGAGCAACUUUCCUUCAUACCACGGGGAGCCGCAGUAUGCAGCCCAGGACUGGCCAAGCACCCCUUACCUCUGCCCGGCAGGGCAUUUUGGAACCCCGACAGUAAUGUUCUGAGUUUGUUCAGGCUUGACUUUAUCAUGGAGAGAUCCUAAUUAGUCGUGUUCUCUCUCUGAGCAUGAGUUCAGGUCUGUGAUGUACUGUAAAUCAUCUGAUGUUCUGUGUGUGGUAAAAUGCCUGUCUUGCAAUCAGGUAUUUAUUGUAACCUGCACAGAAAAGUUUCUGUUUCUGUGAAACUUCCCUUGUUUGUUACGUUGAAGUAGCAAUUUAUCCUCAAUUAGAGUGUCUGGAGAUUCUGGAGAGUGUAAACUCUAUGGCAGUGUAUUUGAAGUAAUGGUGACGUAAGUAUGUUUUUUCUAAGAGUUAGGCAGUGUUUUAAAGGCCUGGUCAGUUUCCAACAGGGAGGGAAAGCGAUAUUAAACAUAUGAUGUGUUUUACAUUGAGAGGAGUAGAGUACAGAAGCUUUUAGCUGUUAAUGUAGUUCAUUGAUGUGUCGAUGUCACAUCUCUGAUUUCACAAACGAAACACAGAUGUUGUUUUAGUAAUGCAGUUUUUAUAAAAACCUUUCCCUUCCUAUUGGGACACAGUUUAAUUUGUAGCCAAAUAGAUUGUGAGCCAUAGAAUUUGCAUUUUGGAUCUUGAAUGGACUUAUGUACUAGAGGACAUUCCUAAGUAUUGUGGGAGUUGAUGGAUAAUAAAUACAGUGACAUUUGACACUCUUUAGCCUGCCCUUGUAGUUCUAUCUAUGCCUUACCUCUUAGUAUCCAGAGUUUUAGGAGUCUGCAUGGUGAAAUGUGAUGUUCCGUGGUGUGUCAGUCUUAAUGCUCUUCUGCGAUCACUUCCUUUCUAGAACUUAAAGGGGAAUAUCAGUUUAAUUCAGCAUGAAGCUGUCAGUCACAGUUUAAGCUGCACCACUAUUGCCUUGGUAUUAAAUAGCACUUGGGUAAAUUCUUACUGUCCUGUAAGGGCUGUGUUAUUGUAGGGACAGUUGAGGAAAGACAGAAGUAAAAGUGUUCACAUCGUAGCAGCUUUUAUUUUCUCCACAAUCUAAACAAAACACAAUAAAAUGGUUUUUCACCAUUAAGGAACAUUUCUUUGCUGAAUGCAAGAUAAAAAUUCAUAUUGAUCUAGUGUGUAACUCUCCAAAGAGCAGCAAAGAAACAUUCUUUAGGGUUUUUUAAUCAAGGCUAUUGGGACAUUGUGCUGUUGUGCAUGUAAAGGUUCUAAAAAAACUUGUUAGUUGUAUAUUUUUACUUUAUGACAUUUAUCAGGUGUUUCUGGGAACAGGUGUGAACCAAGGAAAAACUCCUAUCUUGAGCCAGUGUCACAUCUCUUUUCUUGUGUUUGAUUUGUCAAAUAGGUCAUUUUUUUUUCUUAAAGUGUCAAAACUGGACUACUUUUUUUUUCUUUUUGUUUUUAUGCUGUUAAGUCAUAAAAACAAAAUGAUUUCUAGGUUAACAUUUGCUCAGGCUUUUAUACCAAUAUAAAGGUUAAAAAGUGGUGAGGGGCAACGGUGAGCAGGAUGACAUCAUAUUAAUGUGAACAUGUAAAGAAUAUUUAGGUGUUUUGAAGCUAUGGAUGGUGGUAGACCAGCGCUAGUAUAGUAAUUACUGGCUUUUUAUAUUAUUUACAAUUCAAUUGUUGUGGAAUCUUAUGACUAUGAUCUGUGGUAAGUUCUGUCAUGAUGAUGCAAAUGUUUUUUAAAGAAAUAAUAUAAUACCAGCAAAGACUGUAUGUGAGAAGAGAAUGCUCGUAGGACUAAGGAUAUGGGUUAGGCUGCAUAUAGUUGCUUGUAAAAUAAGGAAUGAUCAUAACAUGGGUGGAGGUAAUAAGCUCUUGAUACACUAUGAGAAAAGACUAAUGUACGUCUACAUGAUGUUGAUAAAAGUUUAUUUACUUUGUAUGUAGUGACAGUAGCCUCCUAGAAACUACUGUCUUUGGAACAAAUGAAUUCAUUUUGUCAUUUAUUCUAUCUGAUGUAAUCCAUGGGAAUUCCAGCCUCUUAUGCAACUGCACCCUUUUAUUAUCGAAGGUACUCGUUUAAUCCUGCAAGGACGCGUGCUUUAAUGUUCACCUAAGGCUUGAUGUUUGGUGCUUCCAUUAGUAAGAGAGCGUCUCUAGAGGCACUGAUUUACGACGUCCCUUCAGCUUGUUUUUGAAUUGCACCGCGAAUCACGAGAUGUUCGGUGAAUCAUGCACAUUGGUAAAGUUCAGUCAGAGGUGUUUACCAGGCAGAAAUUAUGUAAUAGUUUCACUCACUAUUUUUUUUUUAUCAUGACUGUUGUUCAUGACAAAAUAAUUGUAUAAUUACAACAUUUAAAGCUUUAUAGAGCAGUUUAGCUAUCUGCUAUUAUUGGUCACAGGAGCUGCUUCAUAUUCGUCUGAAUUAAAGGUUUUGUUCUGCUCUUCAGAAAUGUCAUUUUAUCGCUAUACAUCAUGUUUACAUCAGUUUCCAUCACAUGUAAAAAUUCCAUGUAUGUGAUUGUUCACAGUGCUGGCAUGUAACAAUUGUCAUUAAUUAUUAAUUGUUCUGUAGUAAUAUCUGUGUAUUCAUCUCAAAGAAUUCAAUAAACAUCUGGGUUUGGUAUA